GUUAAGACGUGUCGAUAAAUUGCUGAAAGACCAGCAAAAAGAAUCAAAUAAAGUAGAAGUUCUCUGUAGAUGAGUUUGUAUAAGGAGCCACGCCACAUAAAGAGCAACCUGGUGAAUCCUCCACUGGUUGAACUGGCCACUUCAUAUUGUCACAUUGCAGUGUAACAUAACCUAUAAAAAUUGUGAAAUCAUCAAAUAAAUAAUGGACGAAAAAACAUCAUUAUUAUUACAAAAACAAGUUCGUGAUAAUUCUGAAGAUUUACAAAAAGAAUUAUUGGAUUUAAAAAUUUGGGAACAAGAAAUGAAGCGCAAAGAAGAGGAACUUUUAAAUUCUACCGAGGAGAUAAAAAUUCUGCCUCCUAUUAGAAAUAAAAAGAAGAAAAUAAUUGAAACUUCACCUCCAAUUCCAAGUACAAGUAAAGAAUCCAUUCCUGAACGAAUUAAAUCAUAUGAUUAUUCUUCCUGGAGUCAAUAUGAUGUGGAUGCAGCCUGCAGAAAACUGGACGAAGAAAAUGAAAGUGACGAAGAGGAAGAUGAUGUGAUUAAUAGUGCAGAAAAAAAGCACUCCGAAGCUGUAAAAUUUAAAGUAGAUGGAAAUAAUUUUUUUCAAAAGAAACAAUAUGAUUUGGCAAUUAAUAGUUAUUCACAAGCAAUUAAAAUUUUCCCUUACGAUGAAGUUUUCUAUGCCAAUCGUGCUUUGUGUUAUUUGAAACAAGACAAUUUAUAUUCGGCCGAAGCGGACUGUACAGCAGCUUUACAAAUAAAUGAUAGUUACGUUAAAGCUUAUCAUAGACGAGCUACAGCUCGAAUAGAAUUAGAGGAUUACAAUGGAGCUAAAGAGGACAUUAAACGUGUAUUAAAUUUAGAACCCUCCAAUAAAGAAGCCAAAUCAAUGCUCUCGAAAAUUAAUAAGAAAUUUGAGAAAUAUCAACCUCUCAAGAUCACAGAAGUUUUUGACGAUACACCAAUCGAGAAGAAAAUUGGUGAAAAAAUUUGUAAUACCAAAAUAAAUGAACAAGAAAAAAUUCAAAAACCACAAAUAGAAGAAGUUGAAAAAUUACAGAAAUCAAGUAAAUUAACAAUAACCGAAGUUUCCAGUGAAUCUGAAAAUGAAAAAAGUUCUCGAAACAACAAAUCAACUAAAUCAAUAAUUAAGGAAAGUUCAAAUGAAUCUGAAAAGAAGUUACCCGAUUGGUUACCAAAAAUUGAUGAAAAUUACAGUAUCGUUGAACCUAUCGAAUUGCCUCCUCAUCAACGUUCGAAGGAAACAAUGAAGAAAAUGACUAUUAAAAAAGUUAAUUUUGGAAAUAAUAUUCUACCAAUACCUCAUGAUGAAAAUAAUUCCAAUAUUAAUAAAAAGAUCGCAGUCAAAGAGGAAAAUAAGGAUAAAAUUGAAAAAAUUGAUACAAUUAAUUUACACAAAAAUAUCAUAGAGACAAAACAAGAGAAGAAUAAUGAUGUAAUAAAAAAACAAAAGACACCAUUUAUUGAAGUUAUUAAUUCUCAAGAUAUUCCAUCAGCUCCAAAAACAGCGGUACAAUUUCUCACAGAAUGGAAGAGAAAUAAAUCUCAGAAAUUUAGAGCCUUUUAUCUAAAACAAAUUCGACCAAAUACGAUACCAACAUUGUUUAAAGACUCAAUGGAAUCCAGUGUUCUUGAAGAUAUUAUUAUGAUUAUUAGAGAAGAAUUCACUCGUAAUGAAAUGAAUAUUUUUUUUAUAUUCGAUUAUUUGGAUGAAUUAAGCAAUAUUAAAAGAUUCAGAACGCUUAUCAUGUUUAUUGAUAGAAAAACUAAAGAAGCUUUAAAAGAGUUACUCGAACAUUGUAAAACAGUGGAAGAUAAAUCAGAAAAAGAAAUUGACAGACUUCGCCAAAAAUACGAAUUGUGACUAUAAUACAAAACUAAGUAUUUUUUUUUUUAAUUUUGUAUUAAAAAUACAUUACAGUAAUAAUUAAGUCUCAAAGGUGAUAAUAAUAGAGAAGUUAAUGUUUCUCUCUAGAAUAUAUUUUUUUCUUAAAA